ACUCUGUGAAAUACUUUGUUAGACCUUCUACAUGAUGACAUCAUACAUUAACAGCUUCUGAUUGGUUCCUACUCAGUAUUUUGCCAAGACUUGUUGUGAUCAGAACAGAAAAUUGAUCCAUGUGGAAGAAGGUGGUGAAGGUUGUUUACUUUCUGUAGCAAGAAGAAGACAAGAAGAUACUGAAACUGCUGCCCUCCGUGUUCAUGCUGUUUAUUCUGGUUUUAAAAUGAUGAGGCAAGGACUGCCCUAUGGUGUUCUUUUCAACCUGAUCUUGACCUGUACCUCUGCCAUCCAGACCCUGAAAGACAUCACGGACUUGAAAAAUGCUACAAUGACUAUGAAAAGUUUCCCACGGCAUGGCCUCAUCCUCCUGCACUGGUUCGCUAACAAUGUCGCCAUCAACUCCAGUGGAGACAUGCAGCUUACUUUUGAUGUAGGACAAGGCAGCUUUGGAUUACACUGCUAUAAAGAUUCAGCACAAACCGCACCUUUUGAGUCUUCGCAAAGUCAUUAUUACUCUUUGGGCGACCUCGCUUGCAGAACCGCCCGGAUGUUCCCUUUUUACGUCACACACGAUUUCCACAACUCAGUGGACUCGUCUCAGAAAAAUCUAGACCGAAUCCUGAUUCAGGUUCAGAAGAACAAUCCAAGAAAUAUUGAGAAGGUGUUUAUAGUAGAGUACAAAGGCCAAGGAUGCAGGUACGACCCAGAGUAUGCCUAUGAGAUCAGCACUCAGCUCCUGACUCAGAUCAAAGCGCUCGGUUCGGAUAUAGGGUGCGAUCCAAAUGAUCCGAGGUUAAACUUUAGCCUGUGUGAGUUCUUGAAUUAUCAACAAAAAGCUGCGAAAGUAUUAAUGGUAUAUCCAGAGACUCGAGGUCUUGAAUGGUUUUUGCCUCUGGCUGGUUACGACAUGGACUCAAGGUUUAAUAAUUUUUCACAAGCAUCCUUCUGUGCGCUUCAAAUAAAUGGUGAUACGAUUGAUAUUUGCUCUUCACCUUCCAAUCGGAUCAGUGAUGUCAUACCCAAUAAAGCAAAGUUAGAGGUAAAAUCCACUUCAGGAGGGUACGCAAAGAUAACAUGGAGCGGAAUACCUGAGAACGUUGCAAGAAUGAAACUGGAUAUUGGCAUUUAUAAGAGCAGAACCAAUACGGAUCCUUUAGAAUUCUAUCCACUGAAUGGAAUGACACACGGUUCCCAACAGACAAAAGUACCUCUAAAUCCUGGCCUUCAGGUCCGGCUUCUGCAAAGUAGAAGGGUCAGUUCUUAUGUUUUUUUUGGAACCACAUACUACACAACGGUCUGGAAAGGUCCAGAGUUUCAUGAAGCCAACAAGGUUCCUCCAGUUAAUAUUAGAGGCUAUCAGAGCAGCCUGCAGCUCUACACUGAAGAUGGCUAUGCCUCUGCCCGACUCUACAUCCACAAGUCUUUUGUGAACUGGAAAAAUGUCUUUGACAAAGCUUGGGUAGGAUUCUACACUAGUGAUGCGGCUAAUAAUGAGCAGUAUAAAACACAUGAAUGGUGUACAAACUUUAAGAGUUCCAAAAAUGACUGCUCUUUGGAUUAUGAGAUUUACCAGUAUAAGUCCAGUUUGUCUAUUGGCCCUGGUGUCCAGGCUCGAUUUCUCUUGACCACAAAUUACGGAAGUGAGAAAGCUCGAACUGCUCCCUGGACAGAACAGCUAGAGCUGAACACCUGAGCAAACUUAUAGAAAACAACAAAAACAAUCCCAGGUUCCUUUU